GAGUCCUGAGCGAAGGCGGGAGGCGGAGCGAGGGGACAGUACGAAGUGAGCGCCAGGUAGCUGCUACAGGGCAUGCUCCGCUGGACCCGCGCCUGGAGGCUCCCCCUUAGGGGGCUCGGCCCCUACAGUCUCAGCUUCUCCAGAGUGCCCGUCGCACCCAUCAGCAGUGGCCGAAGCGGCGCCGAGCCGAGGUCGGUGCUACUUUCCUAUAAGCUUCUGGACGGAGAGGCGACCCGUCCGGCCCUAGUGUUUCUGCACGGGCUCUUCGGCUCCAAAACCAACUUCAACUCCAUCGCCAAGGCCCUGGCCCAGCAGACUGGCCGAAGGGUGCUUACUGUGGAUGCUCGGAAUCAUGGUGACAGCCCCCACAACCCAGACAUGAGCUAUGAGGCCAUGAGCCAGGACCUGCAGGACCUCCUGCCCCAGCUGGGCCUCGUGCCCUGUGUCCUCAUUGGCCACAGCAUGGGAGGCAAGACAGCCAUGCUGCUGGCACUCCAGAGGCCAGAGCUGGUGGAACGCCUGAUUGCUGUGGACAUCAGCCCAGUGGAGACCACACCCAGCUCGAACUUCCCGUCCUACAUGGCAGCCAUGAGGGCUGUAGACAUCCCAGAUGAGAUGCCCCGCUCCUCUGCCCGAAAACUGGCCGAUGAGCAGCUCAGCACUGUUAUCCAAGACCUGGCCGAGCGUCAGUUCCUGCUCACCAACCUGGUGGAAGUGGAUGGGCGUCUCGUGUGGAGGGUGAACUUGGAAGCAUUGGCCCAGCAUGUGGACAAGAUCUUGGCUUUCCCACCACGACAAGAAUCUUACCCUGGGCCCACACUCUUCCUCCUGGGUGGAAACUCUCAAUACGUGCACCCCAGCCACCACGUGGAGAUCAGGCGGCUCUUCCCUCGAGCCCAGUUGCAGACUGUGCCCAAUGCUGGCCACUGGAUCCAUGCUGACUGCCCCCAGGACUUUGUGGCUGCCAUCCGAGGCUUCCUGGCCUAAGAGUUGCUGGCAUCAGGGGGCAGGAAACCCCAGGCUUCCAGGCCCUGGGGCCCACUCCAUGUAUCUGCACGAAAGGACUCAGGCGGGCACCGAGAGAGCAUGAGGGUGCGGAGGUGGUCAGACCUCAAGCUUUAAUGAAUAAAGACACUGCUCCCAAGGUCCUGGGCUGAGCGCUUGUCACCACCAGCGUCCCCACCGACCCAGGGGGAAUCGGACCCAGGGGGCCCUGGCAUUUCCGGGGUCCAUGGGGGCACCCAGAGUGCCCCUGGACUCUCUCUGCCGCUGACUCUCGACCCGCUGCCUCACCAGCUCCUGCAUAUCUUCCUGGGGGCAGGAGAGCAGGGUCAGGACCAACCCUGUGCCCUUCUCCUUCUCCCCAUGCCUCCCCGGCCCGGCUGGCAUUCCCAUGCUACCUCCCAGGCCUCCACCUCCUGCCUCAGCCUCAGUUUCUCCUCCAGGACCUCCAGCAGCUGGGCCUCCAUAGCACGCAACUUGGCUUUGCAUGUGUCCAGCUCGGCCUCCAUUGCCUGCUUCCUGCAGGUGGCGGGGAGAGUAGUGUGAGGCUUGGACCCCGCACAUCUGCCAUGUGGCCACAGCCCCCCACCUUGUGACAGGGUGAGUGCUUAUGUGGCUUUCCUUGCAGGAAUACCUGACUUCUCACCUCCUCUCCUCUAGCAGGACAGAGCCCUGAGGGUCAGCCACCCAUAGCCCUCCCAACCCCCGCAAGCAUCUGCCUCUCACUUGGCAAUGGCUUCAUCCCGCUCCUGGAGGACUUGGUCCAGCGAGGGCUCUCUCUGGGCGUCCCCCAGUGCUCCAGCCACUUGGGAUUCUGGGCUCUGUUGUAGGGUGACAGAGAAGGGAGGAGGGAUCUACAGCUGGUCUAGAUGAGGUGUCCCACUUCUGGGCCCUUCUGCUCUUCCCUUGGCUCUGAUGCUAAUGUCAGCAGGGGAAGGGUCUGGAAAAUUCUUAUCCUGCCCCCUCCACCCGUACACAUUUCCUGGACCUCUGAGAGUAAACCAGGGGGACUGUGCCAUGCUGAGGGGUGGCAGGUGUGGCCUCUGCGUGGCACAAGGGUAAACAGAGGGGACAAGGCGUUUGGACCCUCAAGGAGAAAAGAAGUUCUCACCUAAGCUGCAGGAAAGAGACAAGGUGGGUUUCAGAAAGACACUUACCCCUCUAGGGCCCCGGACAGAGAGGGUGGCCUGGUGACUGGGACUC